CUGGAGCCAAGGAGGGUCCAUCCACCACUGUGGAGUCUGAAGGUAUCACCACGGAGGGUCCAUCCACCACUGUGGAGUCUGAAGGUAUCACCACGGAGGGUCCAUCCACCACUGUGGAGUCUGAAGGUAUCACCAUGGAGGGUCCAUCCACCACUGUGGAGUCUGAAGGUAUCACCACGGAGGGUCCAUCCACCCCUGUGGAGUCUGAAGGUAUCACCAUGGAGGGACCAUCCAGCACUGUGGAGUCUGAAGGUUGUUCGAGCCAUACUGUGAAAUCUACUGGUGCCAGUGAUGCAGUAAAAGACAGCAACAUUCAAGUGUCUGUGAUCAUACCGGUGUAUAACGGUGCUAACUGGCUGGAUGAAUGUCUUCAAGCUGUGUUAGAACAGGACUUCCAGGGCACGCUGGAGAUCUCGGUGUUUGAUGACGCGAGUACGGAUAACUCCAGAGAGAUCGCUGAAAGCUGGAGAGAGAGGCUGAGGAUGAGAGGCGUUACCAUGGUGAUAUCAGGCCACAACACAGACCGACCAAGAGGAGUUGGAUUUGCCAAAAACAAAGCUGUGACUCAAAGUGCUGGACAAUACCUCUGCUUCCAGGAUGCUGAUGACAUCAUGAUGUCCCAGAGAGUGAGACUGCAGUAUGAGGCUGCUGUCCUGAACCCCAGUACCAUUGUUGGCUGUCGUGUAAGACGUAUUCCAGAAGGUUCCACUGAGCGUUACACCAGGUGGAUCAACACACUCAGUCCAGAGCAGCUACUUACACAGGUCUAUACCUCUCACGGACCAACGGUCGUCAUGCCAACGUGGUUUUGCUCUCGCCACUGGUUCCAGAAAGUCGGACCUUUUGAUGAAGGAGGCAAGGGAGUUCCAGAGGAUUUGCUGUGGUUCUACCAGAGUCUUCGUCGGGGUGGGGCAGUCAUCCGAGUGGACGAGUGUCUACUGAUUUAUCGCUACCAUGAGCACGCAGCAACGCAUUCUGUACUAGAGGAAACCAUCUGGAAUCUCCGAGUGGCCUUUUUGGAGGAGAGAGUGCUGGGACAAUGGGACUCUUUCACCAUAUGGAAUGCUGGGAAACAGGGACGGAAGCUGUACCGCAGCCUGACCUCCACCAAUCAGAAGAAGGUGAAGGCAUUCUGCGAUGUAGACGAGAACAAAAUUAAAAAGGGCUUCUACACGUACGAGGAGUCAAAGGAUCGUCCCAAACCCAGAAUACCUGUCCUGCACUACAGGGACGCAUCGCCUCCGUUUAUACUGUGUGUAAAACUGGAUAUGAGCGGCGGUGUGUUCGAGGAGACUCUGCUCUCUCUCUCUCUGACGGAGGGACUUCAUUACUACCACUUUAACUGACUGAUGGAGGGACGAUGGAGAGAGACGUGUGUGUGUGUGUGUGUGUGUGUGAGUGUGAGUGAACUCAGUGUUACUGUAUGUACCUGAUAAGUGCAGUGAUUAGGGAGCUCCUCUGAUUGGUCAGCGUGCUUUUAUUGUUUACUUUUCUCUAAACCACGAAACACUCAUUCAUCCUGUUAUCUGUGUGUGUGUGUGUGUGUGUGUGUGUGUGUGUGUGUGUGUGAGAGAGAUAGAGGGUGUUGAAAGACAGAAGUGUGGCCUUCAUGGGCAGGAGACAGACAGAGGAAUUUGUGUGUUGUGUUAAGACAUUAUCUGAGGUCAACAGCCAUGUUCCUCCCUCUGUGUGUGUGUGUGUGUGUGUGUGUGUGUGUGUGUGUGUGUGUGUGCACAAAUAAUAUAACUUUUCCGUGUUAAUCAAGCUAAAAUAAUAUUCCUUCAAUUGAAAUAAUGUACAAUUACUCAACAGAAUAUAAUGCACAGGUUAUUGUGUGUGUGUGUGUGUGUGUGUGUGUGUGCGCGUGCGUGUGCACACAGCCGCGUGUGUGUUUUCUGUUUGCUCUUUGCAGCAUUUCACUAAAUUGUGUCAUGUGGUGGAAUGUGGCGACUUGGUUACUGGGUUGCUCUUUUUGCGCCAUUUUCUCACGGGAAAAAUGCAGCGCCACCUGCUCCUGAGCUUCCCAACACACACACACACACACACACACACACACACAGAGUGGUCAGGCAUUAUCGAAUUAAAACAUGGAAGCAGACCAAACCCACUCUCCUGUAAUGUUCGAGUCCAUCACACACACACACACACACACACACACACACAAUUAUUUAUUACUUCUUUUUAAACAUGUUCACAUGUGCUUGUUUGUUUGGGUUUGUCUAGGAGAUAUUUUUUAAUCCAUUAAAAGUUAUAUCUUUUAUAAGUGUACAGUAAUGUUUACUUAUUUACUGUAAUUAUUGUCUUUGUUCCGAUAUUUAUAAUAAAAGUAUUUCAUUAUACUUUUAGAA